GUUGAAUACUUCUCCAACAACAAGAAUAUUAUCGAUUGCGCCAAAUUCUCCAGGAUUGAUGAAUACCAUCAAAUUGAUACCAGGAGAACCCCCAAGCUAGUGUAGCUCUAAUCGACCCAAAACAGAUCGAGGGCAAUUAUUUCACACCCCUCACAUAAGUCUCUGCAUCAGACAGAAGAACGGCGAGCGACAAUGACCAGAACCUCGCGCAAGCCUCCCCGAGACCCAGCUCAGCUCUCGGGGAAACCACUAGCAGAGACCCUUGAGCCAUCACCCAUCCUGCACAGCGAGACAGAAGACUGGACAACCUCUCGUGAUCUCACCGAACAUGGCCUGUCGUUUGUGCCGGAGGUGAUGCAGGACUUGACCCUGUACCUGUUGGCCAACCCCAAUAUCAACUCUAGCCACCUGUUCCGGGCCGAUAUCCUCUUCGACAGCGAGGGCAUCAUGCGCACCCCGAAGGAAAAGGCGCAGUCGUUCGCACUCACAGGCAACGCUAACGCGGCGACCAUCGCAUCGGCCGAAGCUCGUGAGGGCGAGGACGAGGAGGUCGAACCGAUCGCCGCGCGCGAAGUCCCCGGCUUCUCGCUGACAAGGACCGUCGUGCGACGGCUCGUGCCCCGGAACCCUAAGCUGGACCGGACCCUGGACCAAACGUGUCACUUUUACGAGGCAGGUUCAUCUCUGCCCUGUGCGCAGGGAGCUGAGGACGUUCCCUCCGCAACCAAAGAAGGCGAGCAGCGCACUCUCAAACGCUACCUGGUCAUCUACACACCGCACAUCACCAAGGAGGAGGACAUCCCCUACUACCACCCUACGCUCCGCUCUCUCGCCUAUCUAUACGACUAUACCGCGCUCUCCGCGAAUCCAGAGCCAUCAUCAACUCCCACCUCCGGACGGGGAACGUUAAGUCUACAUACCCUCCUCUUCCCCAGCCUCCCCAUCACCAACCGCUUCGAACGCACCCUCCAAGCCCUCCUGAACACGCAAAUCCGCCUCGCGCGCACCACGCGUCUCCCCACCGCUGGCCCCUCCUCCACCUCCAUAAACACCACCCAGCACCAGCUCGGCGCCAACAAAAACCCCCUGAAAGACAACAUCCUCCCGCAACACCUGGUCCAAAACACCUACACCCGCCUCAAGGCCAAAUACGCCAGCAGCCUGUGCCAAAACUGGGUCGAAACGACAGAGCCCUCGAAGCACGUCUUCGAGGACCUCUCGAUCGCCGCCUUCCUGAUCGAGCUGUGGCGCAGCAUGUACGGCGCUUUCCCGGAGGAUGAGCGCAGCAGCAGUAGCAGCAGCAGUAGCAGCAGCAGCCACAACAAAUCCCAAUUCCCCGGCUUCGUCGACGUAGCCUGCGGCAACGGCGUGCUAGUCUACAUCCUCCUAAGCGAAGGGUACGAGGGGUGGGGGUUCGACGCGCGGCGCCGCAAGACGUGGGCGACUUUCCCAGAGGAGAUUCAAGCGAGGCUCAGGGAGGAGAUUUACGUGCCGCGGCCAUUUGGGGAUGUCCUCGGUGGUGGUGGUAGUGCUGGGUCCGAGUCUGGGUCUGAGUCCGACGAUCCGUUCGGCAUCGGCAUCCCCACGCACACGGGCCAAUUACCCAACGACACGUUCAUUGUGUCGAAUCAUGCGGACGAACUGACGGUGUGGACGCCGCUGAUGGCCGCGUUGCUGUGUCCCGAGUCGCCGUCGCCGUUCGUGGCUAUCCCCUGCUGUUCGCAUUCGUUGUCGGGAGCUAAGUAUCGGUAUCCGCCGCCUAAGGUGGCUACUACUUCGUUGGCUAAAGGGGAGAAGGGGGAGAAGGGCUCGGGGGAGCAGCAGCAGAAACAGGAACAGGAACAAGAACAGCAGCCGGCGGCUGGGGAUCUGAAGGCUUUGAGGAAGGAGAAGCAGGAUGCGCUGCUACUGUCUUCGCAGAAUGAUGCGGCUGGGUUUUUGAAGAGUAUGUACGGCUCUUUGACGGCGAAGACGAUGGCCGUGGCGGAGGAGGUGGGCUUUGAUGUUGAGAAGACGCUGUUGCGCAUUCCCAGUACCCGGAAUAUGGCGGUCGUGGGUGGGCGGAGGGUCACGACGCAGCGCUGGAAACUGGGCGCGCAGACGGUCGGGUCACCUGACGCUGCUCUAAGUCGUGAGGGGGAUGCUGGAGACGUGGUUCUGGAGAAGGUUAUGGCUGCUGUGCAGCGGGAGUGUAAGCGCGAGGGCGGCGUGGAAGCUGCUGCCAAGAUCUGGAUUGAAAGAGCGAGGGGCAUUAACAAGGGUCCUGGGAUGGGGAAGCAGCGUGGUCAUUGA